CAGCAGACGACGGACCGAUCAGCUGUUCCGGGGAGAAGCGAUUAUUAUCCGGUGGUGUACCGAGCGCGGAUCCCAAUUCACAAACCAGGGACUGGAAGACGAGGAGUGAAUCUGAGACCCCGGCUUGGAGCAUGGCCAAGCUGAAUCUCUAUCAGACAUUGAAAUACCUAUCCUAUGCGACUACAGGCGGGCUCGGUGUCAUCGUCAUUUCGAAGUUCUACCUUCGGAGACACUUCGAAGCCUACGGGUAUUAUAAGAAAACAAUAAAAAUCACUGGCGAGAAUGCAGUUGUCAAAAAGCUGCUCGGUGAGCCGAUCGAGUUCGGAAAACUGGAUCUCGGUGAUGUCGCUAACUUCUUCGCUACUCCCGAGAAAGCGUUCUUCUCGAUCGGCGUUUGGGGUCCGUCUGAUUCUGGGGCUCUGACGUCUUACUGCGAGAGAUCGCCGAAUGGAGUCCGCACGGAAACGGAGGACAGCGGAGAAGAAGCAGAUGAUGGUUGGGAGGUCAUGCGAAUCGAGCUGAGAGUGAAGAAGCUGAAGGACAAGAGACUGAUCGUUUUCAGGAGACCCGAGGCAGACCUGGAGUAUGUGAAUACAUUUCGAGAUUCAGUGCAUCAGCUGCAGAAAUGAAGCUCCGAAACUCCUCUCGGAAUCGAGAGCUGACACCGAUCGCGAACUGCCAUUAUGCUGCACGUCAGAAAUAAAUGCAGCUUAAUACACUUUAAUAAAUGUAUGCAGCCGGACCGGACUCGACCCCGAUUCUCCGCAAAGUUUGCAGCCGACUUCGAGUCGGCCCCUAGCUGAAUGAUCCAUGCUCACCAUUCUUCGUCAUACAAAACGUCGUAUUACGAUGAUGCCUUACGGCUAUACGUGCGGUUCGUAGUUUAGGCGUAAGAAACGCAGCAUUUCCACCGGCUCAUCCCUUGGGUCUGCCACAACCUCUGAAUGAGUCAUUUGAACAGGCAGAGAUCAGCCCGGUGUUCUCAUCAUC